CACAGAACGACACGGAAUCUCAUUCUUCCUUAGACUUAUAUUUCUUAAACAUUACUUCCCAUAAGCAAUCCCACCUUUCCACCUCAUCCGAACUCACCUAUUUUCUAUCCAAAAUGGCAUCGACUACCGACAUUGUGACCCUCGACAAUUUCGUAUCCAAGAUGCCGUCGUGGGAUCCCAACCUCCCCAACCACCUUUAUGCUUUGGUUGAUAUAGGAAGCAAUGGCAUACGAUUCUCUAUUUCGGAUUUAUCUCCCCCGCAGAGCCGCCUUCUAAAAUGCUUGUAUCGUGAACGUGCUGCCAUCUCUCUAUUUGAUGCACUAAACUCGUCUCCCUCGAAUGGACAUUUGAUUUUUCCACCAGAGGUUAUUACUCAAGUUUCCAAGACUUUAGCUCGGUUCAAAUCCAUUGCCAACGAUUAUGGCGUACCAGCAGAACAUGUGUCUGUGUUCGCCACAGAAGCUAUGCGAAAGGCUGAGAACGCAGCCUCGAUGUUAGAAGCCAUACUGGCGUCUUCGGGACUUGGUGUUCACGUGCUCGCCCCGGAAGUCGAGACUCUGUUUGGAUCCAUGGGGGCCAGAAGCGGAUUCGCCACUGUUAAUGGGCUUUUCCUUGAUUUGGGGGGCGGUUCAGUUCAAAUGACUUACUUGAACUCCUCUCUGGAAGGCUACGACAUAGCGGCCGCACAGACCGGCAAAAGCUUACCAUUUGGUGCUGCUAAGCUAAUUAGGAUUUUGGAGAAUAGUGAAGCAGAAGCCCGAGUUGCUGCAGUGGACACCUUGAAAGACGGCAUGCAAAGUGCUUUUGUCGAGCUUGAGAGGCAGUUUCCUUCUUUAAGAGAUAUACGGACCCUCCAAGAGGGUGGUGUUGAUAUCUUUCUUUGUGGUGGUGGCUUUAGGGGCUAUGGUAGCAUUCUCAUGCAUUCCGACCCGAUUCAACCAUACCCGAUACCAGCCGUGGGCGCGUAUACCGUCAAAGGCUCAGUCUUCCGCCAGACUAAGCUCAUGCGCAAAGUCAAUGCCGAAUAUGAUGGCAAAAUCCACGGAAUGUCGAAACGACGACGUCAGCAAUUUCCAGCUAUCGCUACAGUUGUAGAAGCACUGAUAGAUGCUAUCCCUAAAAUCUGCACGGUGACAUUUUGCAGCGGCGGCAAUCGAGAAGGGGCCCUUUUUAUGAAACUACCCAAAGCCGUAAGAGAAGAAAAUCCCCUCCCGCUUCUCCGCCAAGUGAAUAGCAAGGCGGAACUCGAGAUACUGUAUUCCAUAAUGGAUAUUUUGCGAUCCUCUCUACCCACUGACUUCAAUUUCUCCAAUAUCCCAACAGUUUUUACUUUGGGUCUUGGUCCUCUUUUCGCCAGUAGCAUAUGGACGCGUGUUGGAGAACCAAGCGAUGCCAACGCGGCAUUUGAAAUACACCAAGCCAUGCACCGCGACCCUAGUGCAUCUGGUUUUAGCCAUUUAGCACGGGCAAUUCUGGGCCUUACCCUUUGUUAUAGAUGGGGAGCCAGUCUCGGUCCUAUUGAUAAACCACUCCAAGUCAACCUAGAAAAACUUAUCAGCCAAUCAAAUCCUGAGGCUAUUUUCUGGGCUGAAUAUCUCGGUGCGGUUGCCCAUAUCCUUUCUGUUCUUUGUCCAGCAAAACCGAAUGCAGCAGAUAAAUUAGGGAAUACUGUUAAAUUUAACUCAAGCCUGAAAAAUGGCAAGACGAAGACGAAACUUCAAUUAAACGUGAAAGUAUCUUCGUCGAUUUCCCAAGCUCUUGAUGUCGAAGAUUUAGAGAAAAUUCUCAAGAGUGUUGGGAAAUCUCGUAACGUCGCAGACAAGACUGAGAAGAAAGUCGAGCUCACUAUACAGAUAAUUGAGCCUUAAUUCUAGCUAUCUCAUCUAUAUCGAACCCCCAAUACUUUAAGUACAACGUAUGUGCUUGUCUUGACUACAAGCUGUUGCUAUAGCCGCCCGAGUAUCGAACACCACUUCUUGGAAAUAUUGAACUAAGUACAUAACGACGUAACGUCAUAAUAAAUACGACCGAAAAACGACGACCUUCGCAAUGCGUAACAGAUAGGGAAAUGGAAUGGAAUGACCCCUGCGAUGCUGAUCCCGACAGCGAAUGUCAUUGAACAAGCAAUAUGCCUUCUAAAAAGUGUUUCAACCCUCCAUCAUUACGAGAGGCAUAAUACGAGCU